GAGAGAGCUAGAGAGGGAGAGCUGUCGUCGUGGACGCGCCGGGGCUGUGUGUUGGUGUUGGUGGUGUUGGUGGUGGUGGUGUAUAUGUGGGAGCAGGAGGAGAGACUCUGCAGUGUCUUGGCAGCUGCAUUAGUGCAUCUCCCACCGUCCGCGAUGCCUCCGCGGCCAAUGCCUGCCUCCUCCGCGUCCACUUGACAACACAAGCCGAUACCAUGAACUCGUCGGGAAACUGAGCCGGACGUUCACACCGAGCUAGCUGUAUGCCCAUGAGACGGUCCGGAGCGCUUCAUUCACGCACAGAAACCCCGUGACGAGAAUUGUUAAUGGAAAAUGGCGAUAGGCAAAAGGUCUUGCAGCAUCGUCUGCUUGGUAUCUAUCCAGAUUAUCUUGAUUUUCAGCGCAUCGUGGCCUGGAGCAGCGGGGCUCACAUUCCCACAGCAAUACACGAUAAUGCACUGGGCCAGGCGUAUCGAGCAGGAGAUUGACAGAGUCUUUCAGCACAUCACUGGAGCUCAGCAGUUGAAAGGGAUAUACAACGAAGAAAGACGGAGGUUCAGUCUGGUGAAGAAUCAGCCUCGGAAGAUUGUGGAGAAGGUGGCCUCAGAUAUAGAGAAGCUCCUGGCUAAGAAGCGCAAAGCACUCGAUAGGUUAGCCAGUGAAGCUGAGCGGCUCCAGCGAGAGCAUCUAUGGCAGGAUGGAAUCAAGGAGCUGGACAUGGCAUAUUAUGACUCCAAGGCGGAGCUGGAUUAUUAUUCCAUGGAUGGAGAAGGAGAGGUGGAAAACCCUUCGCACAUCAAGCUGGAGUUUGUUUAUGAUCCGAACUUCAAAAACAAUGUCAACUAUUCCUACACAGCUGUGCAGAUCCCCACAGAUAUUUAUAAAGGAGCUCCAGUCAUUCUGAAUGAGUUGAACUGGACGCAGGCACUGGAGAAAGUGUUCAUGGAGAACAGUCAGGAGGAUCCGUCACUGCUGUGGCAAGCGUUCGGGAGUGCAACGGGUGUCACUCGCUACUACCCAGCCACACCUUGGAAAGCCCCCGAUAAAAUCGACUUGUAUGAUGUCAGGAGGAGACCCUGGUACAUCCAGGGAGCCUCAUCGCCCAAAGAUAUGGUCAUACUUGUUGAUGUGAGCGGCAGUGUCAGUGGCCUCACCCUGAAACUCAUCAAAGCGUCAGUGAUGGAAAUGCUGGACACCUUGUCUGAUGAUGACUACGUCAAUGUGGCGAGGUUUAACGAGAAGGCAGAAGCCGUGGUUCCCUGCUUCAAACAUCUCGUCCAGGCUAACGUGCGCAACAAAAAGAUCUUCAAGGAUGCAGUGCAGCAGAUGCAGGCGAAAGGCACCACCGACUACAAGUCUGGAUUUCAUUUUGCCUUCAACCAGCUGUUAAAUAAGACAAAUGUUCCCCGGGCCAACUGCAAUAAAAUAAUCAUGCUGUUUACUGAUGGAGGAGAGGACAGAGCUCAGGAUGUCUUCAUGCAAUACAACUGGCCCAACAAAACGGUUCGAGUUUUCACCUUUUCUGUGGGUCAGCACAACUAUGAUGUCACACCUUUACAGUGGAUCGCAUGCACCAAUAAAGGUUACUAUUUUGAGAUCCGUUCCAUCUGUGCUAUAAGGAUUAACACCCAGGAGUACCUCGACGUGCUGGGGCGCCCCAUGGUGCUGGCAGGCAGCGAUGCCAAGCAGGUUCAGUGGACCAAUGUGUAUCAGGAUGCUUUGGGUCUUGGCAUGGUAGUCACUGGGACUUUGCCUGUGUUUAAUCUCACCAUGGAUGGAAACUCACAGAAUCAGCUGAUAUUAGGUGUCAUGGGAGUCGACGUGCAUCUUGACGAGAUAAAGCGACUAACACCACGGUACAAUCUUGGAGCAAAUGGGUACAUAUUUGCCAUCGACCCAAAUGGAUAUCUUCUGCUUCACCCUAAUCUUCUGCCAAAGCUGGUGAACCUGCCAGAGCCUGUGACGCUGGACUUCCUGGAUGCAGAGGUGGAGGACAACAAUAAAGAAGAGAUCCGGCGACAAAUGAUUGAUGGAAGACCAGGUGAAAUGCAGAUCAAAACUCUCAUCAAGUCGAUUGAUGAGCAAUACAUCGAUGAGGUGUACAGGAGCUACACCUGGACUCCUAUCAACGGCACAGAUUACAGUCUCGGCCUGGUACUACCACCCUACAAUGAGUUCUACAUCCAGGCAGACCUGAGUGAUGUGAUGCUGCAGCUCCAGUAUAUGCAGUCGCUGCUGCCCAGCUCCUUUGAAUCCUCAGGACAUGUGUUUCUGGCUCCAAGGGAAUACUGCAAACGUCUGCAUCUGUCUGACAACAACACCCAGUUUUUGCAGAACUUCCUCUCCCUCAUGUUGGACAUUUCCCCAGAAUCUGAUGAGUGUGACCAAGGCCUCAUCCAUAACCUAAUUUUGGAUUCCAGGAUUAUCGGGCAGCUGGCUUCUCGUGUUUGGAAGAACAAGGACCUGAAUGCGUACGGCUUCCUGGCUGUGUUUGCGUCCACCGAUGGAGGAAUAACACGGGUUUUUCCCAACGUAGCUGCUGAUCUUUGGGAUGAGGAUCCUGAACCCUUCAAUUCAAAUUACUACAGACGGAGUCUUGACAACAAAGGCUACAUGUUCAGAGCUCCAUCGAGAUCCUCGUUGGAUGACCCUGUAGGUGCAGAAAACGGCACUGCUGGAAUUCUGGUUAGUUCAGCUGUGGAGGUGAAUCUGGGAGGCAAACUGCUCAAACCGUCAGUGGUCGGAGUGAAGCUGGACCUGGAGGCGUGGGUGGACAAGUUUAAGAUCCUGGCCAGCAAUGUGUCAGACAGUCGACAGGGCUCACACAAGUGUGGACCAUCCAGGAGCUGUGAGAUGGACUGUGAAGUGAACACUGACGACCUCCUCUGCUAUCUCAUUGAUGAUGGCGGGUUCCUGGUUAUGUCCAAUCAGAGAGAUCACUGGAAAAAGAUCGGCCUUUUCUUUGGUGAUGUCGACCCGUACCUGAUGCAUGCACUCUACAACAACUCAAUCUUCACUCGCCGUCAGUCUUUCCACUACCAGUCUGCAUGUGAACCCAUCAGCAGCAGCCAUACUGGUGCAGCACCCAGGGGCAUCUUUGUGCCGUCCAUUGCUGACAUCCUCAGUGUGGCGUGGUGGACUUCGACGGUGGCAUGGUCUGUGAUGCAGCAGCUCCUGUACAGCCUGGCCUACAACAGCUGGCUCUACCAAGAUGAACUCCUGGUUGACGCUUUCGAGACGAGGGAGAGCAGCUGUGUGACCAUCCAGAGCCAGUUCUACUUCACAAACACCACCAACUCCUACAACGUGCUGCAGGACUGUGGAAACUGCUCACGGCUGUUCCACGCCAAGAGAAUAGAAAACACCAACCUCCUGUUUGUGGUCGCUGAGACGCUCCCCUGCAGCUCCUGUGAGAUAGAGAGGUUGACGCAGAUCAGGACAGAGUUUCAGGAGGAGAAUCCAUGCGAAGUACUGAGCAACGCGCGAUAUCGUAAAGGCCCGACAUCCUGCUUUGACUACAGUGCCUUAGAAAACACGUCAGAGUGUGGACGGGGUCAUGCACUGCAGUCCUCCAUAGGAGUCCUUCUCUUUAUUCAGCUCAUUCUUCCUCUUCUUCAUCUCUGACACGUGCAAACACUCUAACUGACAUCUUUCAUCUCUUUGGGUUUAGGCUCGGAUCUACUGACUGUCAGAUCAAACAGCAACUGCAAAAUUCUUCUUUUUUGAUCUACAAACGGCACACGGUGCAUUUGUGCUUGAAAAAGAAAUAACGUGGAUCAGCUCUUAGUGUUUUCUGCCUUAUCGCUUAUGCAUUUGUUGGUGUGAGUGCAAAAUGUAGGAAGAGAAUGUGUCGAGUGUGCAUGCUGCUUAAACUAGGACAAGCAUGUUUAACAUUUUUGCACACGGGCUCAGCCAUGUAAGCAAACACUAAAAAGUCAGGGAGGCAGCUGAAAUGUACUUUUCAACGGGCCAAUAAAUGACCCCCCAGCAGGAACAGACGACAGCCCCAGUUUUAGGUUGGACUGUGGCGGUGGAAUCAUAAAGGAUCUAAAAACUCGAAAAAAAAAAAAAGGAUUUACUUUGUGUUAAAUACACA